AUGGAACAAGACGCUCCUGUUGAACCAGAUCCUGCGGAUGCACCAUUACCGGCACCUGAUGCGGGAUUACCACCUGCACCUGGAGCGGAAGCUCCACCGGCACCCGGAGCUUUACCUCCACCACCCGCACCUGAUGCAGGAGCAACACCACAACCAAUUGAUGUGGCACAAGAUCCUGAGGUUGAAGAAGUUGGUAAAGAUGAGGAGGACAAAGAAGAACUUGAAAUCACUGACUUAGAUGCACCUAUUGACGGAGGGGAUUUUGUACAAGAAAAGGCUCUUAAGUUUUGUAAACAACAAGAGGUAGUUAAAGUAAUGAACAAGGCUCAAAAAAUAGUUGAUGGUGGAGAGUUUGAAAACUACGACACCAUUGAAGAAAUGUUUAGAGGAGCACUCCAAGUAGGGGAGAAAGACACAAGUACUAUGAGUGUUUUUAGUGACUUGGAUCAAGUCUUGGAUGACGACUAUAGACAUCCAAUCCCAAUGGGAAUACCUGGUAUUGACAGGUUAUUAAAAGGUGGUUUAGCCAAAGGUGAAAUUGGUGUUGUAUUAGCACCGACAGGUGUAGGAGUUGAGGAACAAAAAGAAGAAAGACAGCGUCAGCGAGUUAAAGAGUUGAUGGAGAAAAGAAAACAAAAAGAACAAAACAAUUAA